AUGACCUGGCUCAGCGGACAGGUGAUUACGACCCAAGAGACCCCGUCGUUGGGGCAUCCCCGUGCAGAAUGUCUUCGGACCACGGAUAAAGUCAUCCUUGAGUGGUUUAUUUAUUGGCGUGAUUUAAUGAGGCCGGAGGAUGUAGCGACUGGACGAAAAGUAAUGCUCGGGGCCCGGGGGCAAGGGGUCGGUGUUCCCGUAGUGGGAGUCCCGUUACCCCACACAUUCGAAGUGUGGAGGCGAUUCAUCGGGGCUGGUAACCUCGACGGCCCACCACUUUGUCUGAUCAUCUCGGAUGAAGUGAAACGAUACAUUGGGGAUGAGCUUAAGUAUGAGCAAAUUGGGGGAAUACUUGGUAGGGCAACGACUGUCCUCUUUAUACGGCUUGGUAGGCUUGGACAGUCGGUACCACGAAUUGGCAAGUCGCAACUAACGGGAAUGGUGAAGCUGGGCAGAAGUCAGUGUCAACUGUGA